AGCAAUUACAAGCAAAAAAUUAUUUCAUCGUUUUCGUUCAGUAUCGCUUGAAUAGUAAUUUUUGAAUUCGUUUUUUAUUUGUCUGUCAUUCGAGCAAUAAAUUUAUUGUCUAAUUAUGAAAUUAUAUUUGUGCGAUUCAGCUGAUGAUGAACCUGAAGACAGUGUGAGCGAGGAGGAGCACUCAGAUGAGAUUGAAGAAGAUGAAGAGAGUGCAAGCUCGAAUGAAGAAGAUGAAAUGCCUAAAAAAACUAGUGAUGAGAAGGAUAAUGAAGAGAAGCAGACCAAUGCGAAUGCAGGAGUUACUAAAACUGUAGCUAAAGUUAAUGGCAAAUCUACCAAGGCUGAGGAAUCCGAAAACAGUUCCGACGGAUCUGUGAAUACCGAUGACGAUGACGAAGUGGAAGCCAAUGGCAUAAAGGCCGAACCAACGGAUACAAAGCCGCCCAACAAGACAAAAUUGAUGCAGAUGGCGUCGAAUGUACCAGCGCGUCUAAAAAACACUAGUACUGAGACAAUGGUGCUGGAAGCUAUAAAAAGUCUCAACGAGCGUGGUGGAUCCUCGGCGAUAGCCGUUAAAAAAUACGUAAUGAAUAAUUAUCCACAGUUGGAUGGUGAGCGUACGUUGAAACUAAUUAAAAAGUAUAUCAAAAAAGCGCUGAGCGGUGGGAUAUUGGUACAGUCGAAGGGUACUGGGGUAGGCGGUUCGUUUAAAGUGUCCGCAAAAACAAGUCGACUGGAAGAGCAGAAAGAAAGAAAGAGUCAUAAAAAGUUGAAGAAAAGCAAGAUUGCUGAAGCGGAUGAAAAGACAAAAACAGCAACAAAAACCACAACGAAAACUAAAGAAAACGGUGUGAAGAAAGAAGCAAAAACCAAAAGGAAUAUAAAGGCAAAGGUAAAGGUUACACAGAAUGGAACAGCCGAAGCAACAGUCAAGGGGCCGAAGGCCUCAGCUGCUUUACCAAAAGUGACCAACAUAAAACAAACAAAACCAACAACAGCCAGCAAAGAAGCAAAACCAUCAACGGCAGAGAAGUCAAAGGUGGUAAAACAAAACAAAAACGGAAAAAGUAAUACCAACGGCAUAGCUGAUGUGAAAGCUGAGAAAGUAAAGAAAGCUACACCCGCCUCAACUGCAUCGGCACACACGCUGAACGGUGGUGAAACGGCGCCCGUAAAAGCGGAGCCGAAAGGCAAAGCGCCAACAAAGAAGCAACCAACCACCAAGGGCAAGGCAUCUGCCAAGGAAAGUGUUGAAAUUGGCUCAGGAGAUGCAGAUACAAUGAUGGCCGCCAAGAAGACUGCAGGAAGGAAGGCAAAAGCCAAGUAGCCGUGGAUAGCCGUGCUUAAAAUUUUCAUAUACUCAAUUUAAAAGUAAAAAACGACCGAUUGGGAGAAAGAUUUUUUUAUUUUCGAUUCGAGCUUUAAAAACGUGCAUUUCAAAUAAGUAUUUUAAAUAAAAUUAUCUUGUAAAUUAUAA